AUGAGUUUAUCUACAAAAUCUGAAGAUAAUGGUGUUCAAACAAGAACAACAACUGAGCCAGAGCCACCUUUGAUUCACGGAGUGGGUUCAAGAACCAGAGUUCGAUUUCAGCUACCUGGUGAGAAACAGCUCAUGGAAGAAUCUGAUCAGCUUUUGCAAGGAUUGGUUCCAUGGUUUCAGCCUGUUGGAAGUUGGAUUUCACUGAAGAUUUUUAAGAAAAAAAGGAUUUUGCAGUGUUACAUGGUGGGAAUUAAGCUAUAUUGGAGAGGCAAUGCUAAUAGAGGGCCAACCGAAUGGGGUAACACCUUGAUUCAAUCAAAACUUGUCCCAGUCGUCUAUGGGAUCUUAGUCGUAACUACCUCAAUGGAACUUUACCUCCCCCAAUGGGCUACUAUGCGUUUGGUUGACCUCUCUCUCAUGGUAAACAAAUUAUCCAGCCCAUUUCCAAGAGUUCUCAGCAGAAUAACUACCCUUGAGCAUGGAAGGAAAUCGCUUUUCAGGAUCCAUACCCCAAGAGAUUGUCAACAUGAAAAUUGUGUAGAAACUUUUCCUUUAACUGCUGUUACAUCAAUCAUCGAUGGCUUAAAGAAGCUCUACAUCCAGAAGCUGAAACCUUUAGAAGUCACAUAUUGGGGACCAGAUUGUGACCGCCCGAAUCCCAUAUUUUUCUACCCUAUUAUAUCCCAGUUGCACGAUGCAAAAUGGCUGGUUUCACUGGAGUGA